UUCAGAAGUUAUGGCAUGAAAACCAAGUGAACAAGCCAAUAUGCAAAUUAGCACAGGCCCGGUAUCACAGUAUAUUUUAUCCCCCGUGUAUUUUAUCCGGGGGACAGUAUAUUCUAUCCGGCCGGAUAGAAUACUCUUAGUGUAGAAUAUCCGGGGUCCGGAUAUUUUAUCCCUCUAAUAAGAAAAGUUUCUGCGCAUACGGUAAACGCGCGGGACCAUUUUGUUGGGACCGUCGCUGCUCUCAUGUAUACCGAGUUGAAUCUGCACGACUGCACUCUCUUUCUCUUCGAGACACAGCGGUUGCGCGGGUCUGCUCGCAUUCACCUGCAACCUGAGCCCCACGCUCGCUGGGAUAUCCGGAUAACACCGUGCACCAGUAAACAAAAACAUGGCUACUUCGGUCGCAGUGUUUCUGGUAGUGUUGCUCUUUUCCCUCUAUAAACAGAGCUUCGGAGAGCCAAGCCUUGCUCUGCUACAAGUAGAUAGCUCCGUGAGGAAGGAGACAUUCUGUGCCGUGUACAACAAAGAUUGGGGCUCCGUGCCUACAGGGAACCGGCCCUCAACCUGGUUCCCAGCAGAGGAGGCCAGUGAUCUCCUGGCCUGUUCUCACCAGAGCCUCUCACAGGUAGGAGCUGCCGUGGUCAGUCUCCGUGGCAACUGCUCCUUCUGUGAGAAGGCCAGUUACGUGGAAUCUGCAGGUGGAAGUCUCCUAGUGGUUGUCUACAAUGAGUCUGAUUUGUGGGUGGAGCCAGUGUGUGCGUUGAGAAACCACACCCCCUCCAUCCCCGUCCUACUCGUCAGCAAUGCCACUGGUUGGAGCAUUCUUCACUCUCUCUCCCUCUUCAAUCUCACACUCGGACCCUUUGUACCCCCACCCGCCACCUUUGACCCUUCCGCCAUUGUUACUCUUAUUGUUGCCGUGGUUACUGUAGUGCUGGGGUCCUAUAUUGCCAACAGUCCAUUUAAGUUUAUGAGGUAUGGUUUACUGGUGAGGGAAGGAGAGUCUUAUGGAGUGGCAGCUCAAAACCAGAGAAAGGAGAAAGAAGGCGGGGCCAAAGUGUUUGUCAUGACACUGCUCUCCAUCCUGGCAUUCCUGGCCCUCAUCUGCCUCGUCCUGUUGCUCCUCUACUACUUUUACUACCCCAUGGUGUACAUUGUGAUAGCCGUCUACUGUGUUGGAGCCAUUGUGGGGGUCUUCUCCCUCCUCUCUCCAUUUUUUGCCCUCCUCCCAAUCUUCAGGAACUGCAGAGUCCCGGAGAACAAGCUGCCUCUGUUGGAAUAUAGACCAGACCCAAGGUUUCCUCUAGCUCUCUCUCUAUGUGUCUGUCUCACUGUGUGGUGGCUGGUUGAGAGACACUCAGACUAUGGUUGGGUCCUACAAAACAUCCUUGGGUUUGCAUUUCUCGUUCACAUCAUGAAACGAAUGAUGUUCCUGCCUACUUGGGUGGUUGCUGUGGCAAUGAUGUUUCUGUUCUUCUACGAUAUCUUCAUGGUGUUCAUCACUCCUUUCAUCACCGAGGACCAUGAGAGUGUGAUGGUGAAGGCAGCAACAGGGGGAGGAAGGGGAGGGGGAGAGAAAGAUACAGAACUUCUCCCAAUCGUAUUCAUUGCCCCAAAGCUCCUCCCAUCUCUACUGACCCAGACCUGCCCCGCAGACCUCACAGGGUCUCUGCCAUACAGUCUGCUUGGCUAUGGAGACGUGGGGGUCCCUGGGCUGUUGGUUGCUCUCUCUCUCCAGUUUGACAUGCGGAGAGGAACCGCCUGCAGGUUCUGGCCUUACUUUUGUGUCGCCAGUCUUGCAUACUGUGUUGGACUAGUCUGCACGUACGUCGCCCUCUUCCUCACCAAAACAGCACAGCCAGCACUACUCUAUCUAGUGCCCACCACCCUUGGCUCAGUGGCAGUGCUGGCAUUGUGUCGGAAAGAAUUUAAAUUCUUCUUCACAGACAAAAUGAGAGCAAAAGAAAGGAGCGUCGGGGGAAGAAUCACAGGCUCAGUACAGCCAGACUCAGACACAGAGUUCAGUGAGAAAGAAACGUUGAUAGACAAAUAGCCAUUAUCAGUUCAUGUCUCUUAUUAGUGUUGUGUGUUCUCUAAAUCAUUAUCAACUG